GCAUGCACAGUCCGUGAGGAGAGCGGGAGCUUACACGAUGCGCUUCAACUGACUGCAAAAUGAAUGAGCUGCUGUUCUCGGGGGUCUUUCGGCCCCUGUCGGUGGUGUAUGAGUACGCGGCUGCAUCAAGUGCACUUUGCAUCAGCUGAUGCCUAGAUAACACGCUACCAGAGACGGAGACUAGGCAGAGCCUUGACUUGAGGGUUUGUGUAUGAUGUGCUUGGCAUUAUCAAAUUCCCGUUUGCUGCAACAAAAAGAGAGAGAGACUUUGCUUAUGUGGCAAGAGACAAAGACACAAGAAUCCUGAAAUGUCAUGUGUUUCGCUGUGACACACCCGCAAAAGCCAUUGCCACAAGUUUACAUGAAAUCUGCUCAAAGAUUAUGGCCGAACGGAAGAAUGCUAAAGCUGUGGCUUGCAGCUCGUUGCAGGACAGGACAAGUGUCACCCUUGAUGUUCCUCUGCAAGUAGAUUUCCCAACACCAAAGACAGAACUGGUACAGAAGUUCCACGUCCAGUACCUGGGCAUGCUGCCUGUAGCUAAACCUGUGGGAAUGGAUACUCUGAAUAGUGCCAUUGAAAGUCUAAUGGCUUCCUCCAUCAAGGAAGACUGGAUGCCGGUUACCAUGAAUGUUGCUGAUGCUACUGUCACAGUCAUCAAUGAAAGAAAUGAAGAGGAAAUCAUGGUGGAGUGUCGAGUGCGGUUCCUGUCCUUCAUGGGAGUAGGCAAGGACGUGCACACGUUCGCCUUCAUUAUGGACACAGGAAACCAGCAUUUUGAGUGCCAUGUCUUCUGGUGUGAGCCAAAUGCAGGCAACGUCUCAGAAGCUGUCCAGGCUGCUUGUAUGUUGCGGUAUCAGAAGUGCUUAGUGGCCAGACCUCCUUCGCAGAAGGUUCGACCGCCCCCACCUCCCGCAGACUCAGUGACCAGAAGAGUGACAACCAACGUGAAGAGGGGAGUGUUGUCCCUCAUUGACACUUUGAAACAGAAGCGCCCAGUCACCGAGAUGCCAUAGCUGUGCGAGAGCAAGGAUCUCCUGACGUUUAACUCAUUAUAACAGUAGCUACACUAAGGAAAACGAACUGACAGUGUCUGGCCUUCCAUUUCAAAUUGCUGAUGCUUUGUCUUCAGAGAAUUUACCCCUACCGAAGCAAUGUUAGACAAGCAUGUUCUCGUUCUUGCCACCAUCGUGUGAUAUGAAAAGAAGCAUGAAUAAUUUUUUUGCUGUCAGUGAGUUACAUCACGAGCAAUGGAAGAAGGUCUGUUUGGUUGUAAAUACAUGAACAUUACCAAAACUCACACAAAAACAAAAGAAUAUGGCCAUGUCCCUCCCAGUGAACUCAUGCUAAAGUCCUUGGAGU